AUGGAUAGCGAUGAGUAUAAAAAAGAAGUUGAAGCAAAUGUAAAGGCAGAAAAACUUUUACAGUUGCAAAACCAAACCGUACAGUAUGAAAACUUAGCACAAGAAAGUAAAAAUGACGACGCGGCUAUGCAAAAGGCAAUGAAAAGCGCAGAAUAUAUAAAAGCUAACAAUGACUGGUUAGAUGCCCAAGCCAACGCUAAAGCAGCCCAGCUUAUAGGGUCAAUAAGGACAAAAAUACAAGCGGAUGAAGACAGUUCAAAUGAAGCUUUAAUGAAUGCUGACUUUAAGAACGCCUUCGAAGCUCUUCAUAGUAAGGUGAAACUAGUGAACGACUUCUCAUCUGGAAAGAAACUGAAGUCUGAAGGUUUCGACAACGAGUUAAGAGAAGUAGCACAAAAUAUGACGAAAAUAACAGAUGCAGCAACGAGACAGGCAGUUCAAAGUGCCUAUGACGCCGUUAGAGCAACUGUUGUGGAAAGUCAAGAAAAAGAGUUACAACAGACCAAAACAGACCUAGUAAAUGCUUUCUUAAAAACGAAAAGUCAGGUAGGACACUAUGCUGCAGAUGGAACAUAUGUGCCAGCUGGUGGAACUUAUAUACCAGCUGGUGGAACUUAUAUACUAGCUAGUGGAACCUAUAUACCACCAAACCCUCCAAGAGAAGCACCUGCACCAGGACUACCUAAAACAUUUACAUCGUCACAUGGACACAGACACAGGCAUGCACCAAAACCAGCACAACAACCACCUCCACAACCAGCACAGCAACCAACAGUUCAAAACCCUGCACAACAACCAACAGUUCAAAACACUGCACAACAACCACCUCCACAACCAGCACAGCAACCAACAGUUCAAAAUCCUGCACAACAACAACCACAAACAGAGCAAGGACAUAAAAGAAGUAGAGAACAAGGAAACCAAGAAUUCUUAAAAAUGCUAAAGGAAGAUUAUGGUUACCCAGAUACUCUUGACUUUAGUGACAGAUAUAAAGAAGCUAUUAGAAAGUUCAAGGAAGGAAAUACUGACCCGAACCUAUUUAGCUUUAUGGCUCAGCACCAAAUGGGAUAUAAUUUCAAACCUGGAAAAUACAAGCUCGCUAAGGGAUAUGAUUUAAUAGCAUAUCAUCCAAAUGACAUGAAUGAAUUUACUCCGAGAUAUUUGGUGUCAGAGCUAAAUGACAAUUCAACUCUCUUCAUGAAACGCGUAAAAAAUAGAGACGGAACGAAAGAAGAAAGGUUUAUGA